AUGUUGCAAAAGUGUAUGCAAUUAGCAAAGAGAGCUUAGUUUUCACAGAUUGUGAAAUCUUACACUAACUUAGCUUAACAUAAAUGGUUAGAUUAUGAUGAAACUCAUAAAAACUCACUCCAAACUCAUAAAAGCAGAGCUGAAGAAUUUAUUCAUAAAAUUCCAGUAAUUGAAGUAGAUUCUGAUGUUGUUAGAUGCCUAGGUGGUACCCAUAUCAAUGCAGGACAUCCUUAGGUUUAUAUCAAAUUAGAUACAAGAACUGAAGGAACACCUUAAACUUGCAAAUAUUGUGGCUUAUAGUAUGUUAAGAAGGGACAUGGAUCACAUCAUCAUUGAGCAUCAAUCAAAUAUCAUCAUAAUUCAUUAAUAUAUAUAUGAGUAUAUACAACACUACUCAUAAUUUUGGUAUAAUGGUAUAAUCUAGCAAAGAUCUUGCAAUAUCGAUAGGGUUUUGUAUGGAUUUAGAAUAAUUAUUCUUAAGGUAUUUUUUCACUUAGGCCUCUACUUCCAAUAACUAUAAAAAUUGGUAAGUUGUAUAAAUACUUCUUGAUCUGUGAAUAAUAUAUUGACUUAUUCUGAAUCAUCCUUUUUAUUGAUAUUAAUACAUCUCAUUGUUGAGUAGUCUCAAUUGAACAACUCUCAUAAUGUUCCAUGAUAUGUUCUCCAAACAUUUGUUCAGCAAAUCCUUAGAUCUAUGCAAUCAACUCUGCCAAUUCAAAGGUUGUACUAGCUUCACUAACCCGUUUUAACUGAU